AGACAGAGUCUCACUUUUUGCCCUGGGUAGAAUGCUGUGGCAUUACAGCUCACAGUAACUCAAAAUCUUGGGCUCAAAAGAUACUCUUGCCUUAGCCUCCCCAGCAGCUAAGACUAUAGGCGCCCACCAUAAUGCCCAGCUACAUAUAUAUGUAUUUUAUUUUGAGACAGUCUAUGGCGCUCUGGGUGAGUGCCAUGGAGUCACAGCUCACAGCAACCUUGGGCUUUAGCGAUUCUCUUGCCUCAGCCUCCGGAGUAGCUGGGACUACAGGUGCCCACCACAACGCACGGCUAUUUUUUGUUUAUAGUUGUCAUUGUUGUUUGGCAGGCUCGGGCUGGAUUUGAACUCAUCAGCCCUGGUGUAUGUGGCUGGCGCCCUAGGUGCUGAACUACAGACACCGAGCUAAUGCCCGGCUAUUUUUAGAGAUGGGUCUCGAUCUUGCUCAGGCUGGUCUUGAAUCUGUGGGCUCCACCCACCUUGGCCUUCCAGAGUGCUGAGAUUACAGGCAUGAGCCCAUGGUGCGGCCCUCUUGACAGAUUUUUUUUUUUUUUUUGAGACAUAGUCUCACUAUGUCGCUCUCGGUAGAGUGCUAUAGCGUCACAGCUCACAGCAACCUCAAACUCUUGGGUUUAAGCAAUUCUCUUGCCUCAGCCUCCUGAGCAGCAGGGCCUGCAGGCGCCCGCCACAACGCCCGACUAUUUUUUGUUGUAGUUGUCAUUGUUUUUAGCUGGCCCAAGAUGGGUUCGAACCUGCCAGCCCCGGUGUAUGUGGCAGGCACCCCACCCACUGAGCUACGGGCGCCGCCAACUUAACAGAUUCUUUUUUUUUUUUAGAGACAGAGUCUCACUUUAUCACCCUUGGUAGAGUGCCAUGACAUCACAGCCCACAGCAACCUCCAACUCCUGGGUUUUGGAAAUUCUCUUGCCUCAGCCUCCCCAGUAGCUGGACCUACAGGUACCUGCCACAACGGUCGGCUAUUUUGUUGUUGUUGUUGCAGUUUGGCUGGGGCUGGGUUUGAAACCACUACCAUCGGUAGAUGGGGGUGGCGCCCUGCUCACUGAGCCACAGGUGCUGCCCAACUUAACAGAUUCUUGAUCAGCAUAAAUGAGUGCCUCACACAUGUGGGACACUGGCUUGAAAGAUGCACAUGUAUUAAGAGAUGCUAGAUGGUUCCCGCGCUGAGGAGGUUGGGAGUCUUUCUUGGAAGACAGAGGAGUAUUUAACAGAAACAUUCGACGGCGGGCGUGGCUUACCACAGCCGUACAGUGGUAGACCCGGAGCCAAGCAGAUCAGAAAUCCGACCGUUCAGAAACUGACUUGGGCAGUGGGUGGAGCGGGCAACGCCCCGCCGGGACAGAGAACCUUCUUUCGCUCUGGAGGUUACCCUGCCCCAGGGGCGUCCUCCUCCUGACACCACCUCCUCGCCAGUCUCCUGGGACUCCCAGGAGGCUGAGCGACAGCGUUCGUCGUCGUUGGUAGGUCUCGAUGUUUCCUGCAACUGGUGGCUCUAAAAUGGCCUUGGGGACAAAAUUUGGGUCGGGAAGGAGGAAAAGAGGAAAGCGGCAUAAAGUCCCCCAGGUGGACUAGUCAGUGGCAAAAUGGAGGGUGGCCGGACAGUCCCGGCCCAGGCGAAGAGGAAAAAGUUGCGCGGGCGCGAGGUUUCUUUCAGGCGUCCGCCUUCGGCCACCUCCGGGACAGUUUCGGCUCUUUCCGUCAGUUCCCGCUCAGGCCCUCGGUGCCCCGCACGUGCUAUCCCGAGCCACACCGCCCGUUUUUGGGGGUGUAUGGGCCGUUCUGCACGCGGACCCGAACUUGUGUCCUACUCGUUUCCCCCCUUCCAUCUAGUUUAUCCCCGAUCCCACUCUUCCUGCUCCUUCCUUUUUUCAGUAAUUCUCAAUCCCCGGUGACGCCCUAGCUCCCAUAACUCAGGCGCGUGAGCUGGCGAGAUGCGAGAGACCAGGUCCGGAGAGGAGCGGUCACCAGACCUACAGGAACCCGCUCCUCCCUUCGAGUCUUUCCACUCGACGGUCUCCAGCGCGCGCGCUGCCUCGCUCUCGGAGCCGUGCUCGCGCGCCCGUUGGCUACAACGGCCUCGAGGUCGGCGGGCCGGGUUCGCGCCUACUCGAGCACGCGCCCUGCGCGCUGGCUGGCUGAUGCGCACGCGCCCGAGAGGGCUCCGGGGCGGGGCGGGGCGAGCAGCUAGCGCUCUGGGGAGAGUCGGUGUGGGUCCGCUGGCGCUUCGGCCCCCAGCCGCGGCUGAGAUCCCUGCCAGUUCCCCGGCCCGGGAGGAAAGCCGGGAAGGCGGUCGUGGGGGCAGGGCGGUGUCCGGUUCUCGGCAAGCUGAGGGAGGAGCGCGGCGACGGCGGCGGCUCUAGAAGAGGAGGAAAAGGAAGCGGAGGAUCUUUCCUCUUCUCAGACCCCGAAGCGUCUGGGACGUAGAGCCCGGAACGAGGGGGACGCGGCGACUGCGGUGCCCAGUCUGAGAUUCAUCAGGAUUCAUUUUUGAUUUGCAGUCCAAUACUGUACUGGCUCAGGGAGGAGCUUUCGAGAACAUGAAAGAGAAGAUAAAUGCAGUGCGUGCAAUAGUUCCCAAUAAAAGCAACAAUGAAAUCAUCCUGGUUUUGCAGCACUUUGAUAAUUGUGUGGACAAAACAGUACAAGCAUUCAUGGAAGGUAGUGCCAGUGAAGUACUCAAAGAAUGGACAGUAACAGGCAAGAAAAAGAACAAAAAGAAGAAAAGCAAACCAAAACCUGCAGCAGACACAAGUAACAGUAUCCCAGAUUCCAGUAAAUCAGUUUCCAUUCAAGAGGAACAGUCUAUGCCUUCCUCAGAGAAAGGUGGUAUUAAUGGUUACCAUGUCAAUGGUGCCAUCAAUGAUACUGAGUCUGUGGACUCACUCAGUGAAGGUUUGGAGACACUUUCAAUAGAUGCCAGAGAACUGGAGGAUCCUGAGUCUGCCACACCAGAUACGCUGGAUAGAACAGGAUCCAUGCAGGAGAAUGGUGUCUCUGAUUUGGGGUCCAAGUCUUUGUCUAUGUACUCUAUUCAGAAUUCUCAACAAUCCAGGAAUGCUGCCAAAUCUCUCUCAAGACCUACCACAGCUCCUCACUUUUCAAAUCUGGGGAUGGAAGAUGUUCCCUUCUCCUCCACCAAUAAAAAGUUAGGUUCCAAUAUUGAAAAAUCGGUAAAAGACCUCCAGCGCUGUACAGUGUCUCUUGCACGGUAUCGAGUUGUAGUUAAAGAAGAGAUGGAUGCUUCCAUUAAGAAAAUGAAACAAGCUUUUGCUGAAUUACAGAGCUGUUUAAUGGAUCGAGAAGUGGCAUUGCUUGCUGAAAUGGACAAAGUGAAAGCUGAAGCAAUGGAAAUUUUGCUAAGCCGACAAAAGAAAGCUGAACUUCUAAAGAAGAUGACUGAUGUGGCUGUUCGAAUGUCAGAGGAGCAACUGGUUGAGCUCAGAGCUGAUAUCAAGCACUUCGUUAGUGAACGUAAAUAUGACGAGGAUCUGGGGCGAGUAGCCCGGUUCACCUGUGAUGUGGAGACCCUAAAAAAGAGCAUUGAUUCCUUUGGACAAGUGUCCCAUCCAAAGAAUAGCUACUCGACCAGAUCCCGAUGUAGCUCAGUUACAUCUGUAUCCUUGAGUAGCUCGAGUGAUGCCUCUGCUGCUUCCCCUUCCACCUUUGCCUCUGCUCCCAGCCUUACAAGUGCUAACAAGAAAAACUCUACACCAGGCGAGACUCCUCCUGCCAUAGCAAGCUCCAGUGGCCGGCCCUACCAGCCGCAUCGGGAGGUAUUGCCGGGGAACAGACGAGGAGGACAAGGCUACAGGCCACAAGGGCAAAAGUCCAAUGACCCUACGAACCAAAGUCGACAUGACAAUGUGGGUCAUUACAGAAACAGCUCGUGGUAUUCAUCUGGUUCUAGGUAUCAGAGUGUUCUGCCCCAAGCACCAGAAAACACGAGUGAAUGGGGCCAGGCUCACUCUGCAGGGACCAGUGGAACUGGAGCCAGCGUGGAACCUAGCCCACCCAAGCCCUCAUUCAAAAAAGGGCUCCCCCAGCGCAAACCCAGGACCUCUCAGACGGAAGCCGUGAACUCCUGAGGGAAAUUCCAGUGGGCCUCUCUCUUCCAUCCUACACAAUUUAACUUGAUAACUGGACUUAGGAAACUUAUAGCUAGAUUUAAUGACAGAAAGAAGUUUAUGCAUAUAACUUUUUGUGCCAUUCUAAAUAUUUUUGGUUUCUUGUCUCCUUACUUCCUCUUUCCCAUUUUUGGAGAGGAAGCUGUUUUUUUUCCUUGAUCUUUCCCAAUAAUAUGGAUUUAUUCUGAUUGGUCAUUUCCACCAGGAAUCAGAAGCAACUGUUGCCAGGUUUCCCAAGGAUAACAACAUUAUUUCCAGUGCGCCAGGCCUCCUGCUGUCUAAGCUGUCUCAGGAGGAAGUGGGUCACAGCUAGUCAGUGGCCUUGCCAAUCUAAACCAAAGCCACAGAUGCCUGCUAGGUUCCCUCCAAAUAGUAGUUUGACAGGAGAGGCAAUGAGGGAAUUUCAUACUGCACUGGAUUAGCCAGAGAAGGGGAAACGUAAUUGGUGAAAAGGAGAGAAUACUAAGAAACGGUUGAGAAUCUGCCUCUAUCCCAGACCGUGCCUGAGAUUUGACACUGAGUUCAGGGUUUCAGUCUUCUGCUUGGUACCAUGGCUUAACCUGCAGUUUCUUCAAAAUGCCCAGAGCCUUGUUUCCUAUUACCUUAGAUUACAAACCAGUCUAGGGAAAUCUAAGGGAAAGUGCAUUUAAUUAAAGUUUAAAA